GACUCAUGGAUACGGGAUUUAAAACACUUUUUGGUCUUCGUAUUUCACAGCAGAUUUAGUUAUUUUUGUGGUUUGAAAGAAAAUUCUGGAUUUGAUAAAGCCUGUCCCCGCCGGACACCAUGCCUGCCCCGGAGACCAUCCCCCUGGGCGAGUGCACUCUGUCCCAGUCGCAGGAGCAGCUGUCGCCCCCCCUGUCCCGCACCGACAGCACCGUCUUCAGCCUGUCUAGAGCCGAAUCCCUCUGGAACUCCUCCCAACCCUCCACGUCCUCCUCCGCCCCGCCGCGCUGCUCCGACGUCUACUGGCUGCCCAUACACCUCAUGUCCACCGGGGGCAGCUUCCUCUUCUGCGGCGUCGUCAUUAGCGGGUUGUAUUUCGCGGGACAUUGCCGGAAAGUCACCAACAUCCUGGGACCGGCGCUGCUUUCGAUCGGGUUGAUGAUAUUUGUCGUUGGGGUGGUGCUGAUACCGAUAACCAAGGAAAACCAAAAGCAAAGCAUGAAGAAGCCGUUGACGUACUAUCGCCCGCCCGUGUUCAAUCUGUGA